AACUCAGCUUAGUCAUUUGUUGAUCGAGGUUCAUACUUCACUAUCGGUCGGUAACUCAACGUGAUCACAUUAACAACGCGAAACGGAUUACACUUGAAGUCGACUUCAACAACUCCAUCGACUUGAAGCAGAAAAAAAGUGCUGUGAUACAAUUCUUUAAUUUUUUAAUUGAUUUAUUUUCAUUAUUGUGCAAACCGAAAAGGUGUUUGCACGGAAGAGCUGAAAAAUAUAUCCCAAAAUGGAAGCUAAAGAAUUAAGUAAAAAGUCCUUAAAUGUUGAUCCAUCGAAAUCAUCCGAUAGUGAACAAACAUCAACAAAUGCCAAUUCGGAUGCUGGAAAGGUUAAAAGGGAGGCCAGUUGGCCAUCAGUUUUGUUUUAUAUUCAUUUGAAUAUUCUUGGCCUGUAUGGUAUUUUCGUCCUUUUAACAAAUACGUCGUUUUUAACAAUAUUGUUUACUUUGGUAUUAAGCUUGCUUGGAAUUAUGGGUGUAACAGCUGGAGCGCAUAGAUUAUGGGCCCACAAGACAUAUGAAGCAACUUUUUCACUCAAAGUUUUUCUUAUGAUCUGCCAAACGUUAGCUGGAACGGGAUCAAUCUACAAUUGGACUCGUGCUCAUCGUCUGCACCAUCAGAAAUUCCGAACAACCGAUGAUCCAUUCUACAGUUCGGCAGAUUUCUUUUCAGCUCAAGUACGAGCACAAAUUGAAAGUUUGACUCCAGAGCAAGAGAAGCUGCUGGAACAAGUUGAUAUGUCAGAUUUGGAGGAAGACAAUGUUGUAAUGUUCCAAAAGAAAUUCUAUUGGAUUCUGUACUUCAUCGUACAUGUCCUAUUGCCAAUCAAUGCUCCUUUGGAAUAUUGGGGUGAUACUAUUCCAGCUGCAAUUUUUGUAACUUUUUCUCUGCGUUACUUGAUUGUUCUGAAUGUUUGUUGGCUCAUAAAUUCAGCACAUUUUGUUUGGGGUUUGAAUAAAAAUUUCAAGCCAUCAGAUUCAAAUAUGAUAUUUAUUAUUACUAAGAGUUAUUGGCCUCAAUAUCAUUAUCUUCUACCAUGUGACUAUCAAACUGGUGAAUUUGGUGAUUAUGCUGAGGGUUGUACAACUUUAUUGAUACGAGUAUUUGCUGCAUUGGGUAUGGCAACGCAGCUUCAAACUAUCACAACAGAAGCUGUCCGAAAGGGACUCACGACAGCUGUCGAAAGUGGUAAAUCAAUUGUGGAAUGCAUCAAGGAAGCUGCUGUGGUUGAACAAGCAAAAUUACCAGAGGAUCAUUACUUGGAUAAGAGCAAAUUUUUGACAUAUUUGAAACAAGCAGCCGGAUCCUCAUUUGAUGGUAAAUUUGAGAGAAGGACAUAUGACUAGUUAGAGAAAGAGGCUUUUCCUACUACAACGUGGAAGAUAAAAUAAAUGAAUAACAAUCUUGUCUACUGUUGAUUUGCAAUUUUA